GUAACUCUCAUUGCUUUGUAACGCGGAAGUGAAGAGAUUGUUCAACAGAAAUUUGCGGAGGGCGGUAUAUUUGUCACAUGUUUGCUGCAGACUGUUACCAUGGGGACGUAGACUAGGGACUGCCAAUCAGUGACAAUGGUGAACACACCCAUACCACACAGCCUCAAGUCAGAGGCCAAGAAGGCGGCCAAAAUCCUGCGAGAGUUCACCAUGCCAAGCGCUAGAGCUGGUCCAGACAAACUUAUACCUGCUGGUAUUCUAGCCAAGGCAAAGGGUCUUGCCAUAUUGACCGUGGUGAAGGCGGGGUUCCUGGUUACGGCGCGAGGUGGCAGUGGGAUCGUCAUUGCCAAGCUUGAUGAUGCUGAUGAGGACUCUCGCACCUGUGGUUGGUCUGCUCCCAGUGCAAUAGGAAUAGCUGGUCUGGGGGGAGGAUUUGAGAUCGGAGCUGAGGUGACAGACUUUGUCAUUAUUCUGAACAAGAGGUCUGCCGUGGAAGCCUUCUCCAAGGGAGGUAACCUGACUUUGGGUGGCAACUUCACGAUCGCAGCGGGGCCCCUAGGGCGUAACAUCGAGGGUGAUGUCUCACUGAGGAGUCCGGCAGCGAUGUACACCUACUCCAAGACCAAGGGAAUAUUUGCUGGCAUAUCUAUAGAAGGCAGCGGACUCAUUGAACGCAAGGAUGCCAACAGAAAGUUUUAUGGGCAAGACAUCCGGGCCCACCAGAUAUUGGUGGGAGAAGUGGAUCCCCCGGAAGGGUGUGAUGACCUGUACGAGGUUAUCCGCCGACACCGAGAGGUCGCCAUGAAGGCGGCGAUGCAGAUGGCCAAGGAACAAGCAUGGAAACACAGGCACGCAAUCAAAGACGUGGUCGUAGCGGGUGUCUCAAGCAAGCUUAGUGCUUUCCGCUCAGGAGACAAAGGGGAGAAGGGGGAGUCUAAGGACAAGUCGUCACAUGACAAAUCAUCGUCACAUGAGUGGGCUUUUGAGUCUGCGAGGGAAGCUGCAUCAUCGGACAAGUUUUCCCGCACCUAUUCCACGAAAACUGUCACAACUAAAACCACUCACGUUGUAAGAACAGCGUCUACUGCGUCAGGCAAGACACAACCCCGUCACUCACCACCCAGCCUCAGCAUCAAACAAAGUGCAGGAAAACCACCGAAGGCGGAUGCGAUUGUCAAGUGGGACAACCUGAUUGCUGUUGCCGAGCAUCCAUUCCGAGGUCAGCAGUCAUGUGACCUCUCGUUCAAACCAGGGGACAAAAUCGAGGUUUUGACAAGGACAGACUCGCAGUUUGAUUGGUGGGAGGGAAGUCUGCUCGACAAGGUGGGCAUCUUCCCCGCUAACUUCGUCCGAGUUCUGUAAGGGGCUUUGUUCAGAGUUUUGCUGGCGGACAUUUUUUCUGUCUCUCGCAGA